UGCACACAGGCAGCUGAACAUGUCAGCCUGGGCCGUCUCCAACACGAACCUCUAUGACGCCACAGCGAAUGCGAGUGGCGCCACAGGAUCCAGGCACAGGCGGCUGCUACGUCUGGCCUGGCAGACGCUGGCUGCCAAAUGCCAGCAGCUAACUGACUUCAUGAGACGGGAAACAAAUAAGCCACUGCCAAAAGAAUUGCGUCGAUCGUUGCGUCUGAAUAAGUCGGCCAGGCGGAAGGGCUAUCAACAUUAUGAGACAGAAGCAGAUAAACAACGCAUCAAGGAUUAUCUGAAUCAGCCCAUUAAUCUAUCUGUUCGCAUGGGACCUGCCUACGAUUACAGACCAUCGAAUUGUUAGCCAUGGCAGACAUAUAGCCCUUAGAUAUAGAUAAAUUAGCUAAUUGCAUGAGCUUUAAGCAUAUAUUUUGUUUUCACAC